GCGCCCACGCGCAGCGGUCAACGGCGCGCGAUUGGGAGAUGAGCAAUGGCGACGGGGGGCUGCCCGCUGGCGCGAGGGCGGAGCGGCCCAUCAGGCGUGGCACUGCGCUGCGCAGGAAAGAGGAGGACGAGGUUGGUGCUUCGGCGGCCCGCCGGCGAGCGCGGGCACGGCGCCUCCUUGCUGCCGUGGCGGUAGCUGGCAAGGCCGCCAACGGCGGCCCAGGUUCCUGGCAGGACCGUGAAGCUGCUGCGCGCCCAGCCCUGCGCCUGGCCGCCUCGGGAUGCCGUGUCCCAGGCGCGACGCGGCGGAGGCGGAACGCCGCGUGGAACGCGCUGGUGGCCCCUGCGGGCGGAUUCGCGCGCGCGCCCGCAAAGGGCAUCUCGCGGGCCGCGGCAGGCCCCCGCCAGGGACGGCGGCGCGCGAACCCCGCGGUGCUUGACGAGGCGCCCGGCCACGCGAAGGACGGGAUCGUCGAGGAGCACGCCGACGACGAGGAGCCGGCCGACCCCCUCCAGGCGAGGAUGGCCGGUGCGCUCACGGCUCGCUCGGCGGCGGGGCUCGUCGCGCAGCUGCAGGCCCUGCGCGAGCAGUCGCGCCCGCGGCGGCGCGCCGCCUGUCCACCACCCUCCACCCCCACGCUGGAGGUCAUCAGCGAGGAUGUCGGCGAGACCGUGGACGAGGAGUUCGGGCCCGAGGGGGAAGCGGAGGCGCUGUACGUGGCGUUCCCUGGCGGCGACGCGCACGCGCAGAUCACGGCCGUCGGCUGCGAUGAGUUCGACGGCGAGUUGCUGCUGGCGGGGCUGGGCUUCGUCGUGGAGGGGCGCGUGGAGGUCGGGCCCUUGCUUGGAGCCGAUAGCGCCGCCCGUUCGCUGCAGCGCGCGCGGUAG